CUCACCGCUGUCUCCAACUCCUGCCUGUCCCUCUGAAACUCUUUUUUCUGGGGGCCUGGGGGAGGUGGCCCCACACCCAGGGGGCUGUGGCCCCCUCCGUAGGAGUUUGAAGUGGGGCAUCCCGCUCUCCGGUGCCGUCUGCGGGGUGUCCCAGCUGGGCGAAUGGUCCCCAGGCAGCGGUGACACUCUCUGUGACCGAGGUCCCCAUGUGUCACUGCGCCACGGUUACCAGGAGACAGCGUCACCAUCCCGAGGACUCUCCUGCCGCGGGGCUGGGCAUCGUCUCCCCCUCGGUGAAGGCACACACCGGGGGAAGCGCCAACCUCAUGAACUUCUACGCCACGAGCUACGCGGUGGCCUAUGGCCAGCCACGUUUCCGUCCCCGCCUUGGCCACCACACCGGCAGCGGCUACGUGUCCAACAACCACUCGGCCAUCUCCUGCCUGCUCUGCCCGCGCGGUGCAGCAGAGGGCCACUGCCAGGACACCGCCACGUCCACCACCACUGAGCACUUCAAGCCCUUUUGGCUCCCUGACGGCCGGAUCCUGCUGCCCCGGCAUGUCCACCAGCCGGAGAGCGGGUACCUCCAAGAGUCCUCCCUUUCCUGCCCCCACACCGGGGGGGGUGAGUCCCCAGCACACGUGGCUCCUCCAGGGCCCCCCCAGAGCAUCCAGGGAGCACGGCACAGAGAGCCGCCGCGCCAGUCCUGCCCAGCCAGGGUCCGUGCGCAGGCUGGGCUGGGGACAGGGACAGUGGGGCUCCCUCCCUGCCCCAUCUGCUCCCCGCAGAUGUCUUGCAGAAGACGACCAUCGGUGCCAAGGAGCAGUCGGGCUUCACCAGGGCCACCCCGAGGAGCGACAGCAUCCUGCCAGUCCUGCCAGCCCAGCCCGUGAGACCCUGCCCCACCGGGUCCCUUGUCCCCCGCCAGCUCCUCAACCCCUUUGCACCCCAAGGGACAAUUUUGCUCUCCCGCAGCUCGGCGUUAGCAUCACCACAACGGAUUACCUGCCCUCUGUGCGCAGCCACGGCGGCGAGACACUCCUGGCACUGCCGGCGUGCUCCGAGAGAGGCAACGGGUUCAGCCGGGAGGUGCCAGGCUGCCUGGGCACGGCGGUGAGCAGGACCCCAUCCCACUGCCCGGCCCCAUGUGCCCUCCCUGUCCUCAUCCACUAUCCCCACGCAGGGCUUGCCCGUGGUGGGCCACCCCAUCCCACCCGUCUCCCGAGGGCUGCAGGCACCCCGAGUGACCCAGGCCAGCCCUCUGGGACAGCAGGGUGCCGGCAGGAAGGUGGGUGCAGGCAGGGCCUCGUCCCCAUCCCUGCAGGACCAUGCACCCAACCCACCUCCAUCCCCCCAGGAGCCGUUGGGGUUCACCAUUAACCACGGCCAGUAUGUGACCCCCCACCCGACCCCGUCCCCCACAGUGCCAGGUGAGUUUGGGGUGACCCUAGGGGGGUAAGGGGGGGGGGGCUCCAGCCUCACCAUCCUGUCCCUCCUGGAUUUUCCAGCCUGGUGUUGGCAGGGUCCGACCUGGAUGGUGAGACCCAUGGGGGGCAUCCAGCCCCAGCGCCCCAGCGGCUUCAGCACGAACAACCACCCCACCGGGCUGGGGGACAUCACUGGCC